AUGAAGCCAGCCACCCUUUCCGUCGCCCGAUAUGCCAACGCGCUCAGCAGCCGGACGGGGUCUCCCGCGCUCCCGCUCCUGCUGCAGCGCUCGUAUGCCACCCAGCAGGGCGUAGGCGGCUCUUCCUCGUCUUCUCCCAGCGCCAAGCGACGAGCUGUAACGCCUUUCAACGACGACGGACACGUGCCCUGGACCGACCUGUCUGCCGGAGAGAAAACAGGCCGGGCGGUGCAACAGACGUUCAACCUGGGCAUGGUCGUUGUUGGUCUCGUGCUCACGGUACUUCUCCCCACCCGCCCUGUCACCGGGGUUGGGUAUCUCCUCUACACCGAAGUCUUCUCUCCCGAUAGCAAAGUGUCGCAUUUCAACCGGGCCGUCGACCGUAUCAAGAAAGACCACCGCUGCCUCGAGCUCCUCGGCGACUCCAAAACCAUCUCGGCCUUUGGUGAGGAGACAUAUAACAAGUGGAGAAGGGCCAGGCCUAUUGCGUCAUCGGUCCAGAAGGACCCUCAGGGAAAUGAGCAUCUCCUCAUCCAUUUCAACGUGGAGGGGUCUCGCGGCCGCGGCGUUGCCAACAUACACAUGAUCAAGCGAGCCAACGGCAGUGACUACGAGUACAAAUACUUUUAUGUGGACGUCAAAGGUCACCAGAGGAUUUACCUAGAGAACGCCGAGACAUCGUCCAAAUCUGUCGACGGCAAGACGAGACUAUUCGGCAUCAGAUGGAACUAA